AUGGGGUCCAACGAGGAGCGCGCGCUCUCGGUGGCCGCCGUGCUGGACCUGUCUCCCGACGAGGAGCUGGGCGGGUUGGCGCGCGAGCUGUGGCACGGCGCGGAGCCCUCCCUGGACGUGUCCCUGUGCUUCAGCACGAAGCUGGCGGCAAAAGGAAUUCUGCCGGCGAUCGACGUGGACUCGCUCCUGCAGCCCGGGUUCCCCCCGCCUUACCACCCGCCGCUGCUCCGUCUGCUGCGCGGCGAGCUCGCGGCGGCGUUGCUCAGCAGCCGCGAGCUCGGGGAGAAGCUGGACCUGAAGCGGCAGCUGCAGCUGCACGCCGAGGUCGAGGACGAGGAAAUCUCAAACACCUUGCGCACUUGCACCACCAUGGGGCUGCAGCUGCCGAUGCGGCGCCUGCUGCCAACAUCGUGCGGGGCUUGCCUCUACAGGGCCAGGAGCGUGAAGUGCACCGAGAAUUUCUGA